AUGGGCGACACGAAACCAACGCAGGAUCACCUCGAGCGCAUUGGGUCCCCCGAUCCAGACGUCGUUUCAAGCAAGCAUAUCGGCAUUGAUGAGGAACUGCGCAAAUACGUCGUCGCCGCUGAUAACGUCCAAGUCGACGAAGCGACUAGCAAGCGGCUCCGACAUAUGAUCAACAAGCGCGUUCUCAUUGUUAUGGUAGGCACCUAUUUCCUGCAAUCGCUGGACAAGAACGCUAUCAGCUAUGCGGCCAUCAUGGGCAUCCAGGAAGAUGCACAUCUUGUUGGGCAGGAUUACUCUUGGCUUCAUACCGUUAUAUACUUUGGUAUUUUGUUUGCGGAAUAUCCGACCAAUCUGAUUGUGCAGAAGGUGCCGAUUGCGAAGUAUCUUGCUGCGAAUAUCUUUCUGUGGGGUUUGACUUUGACGAUGACAUGUUUCGGUUUCAACUUUACUAUCCUCGCGGCGCUUAGAGUACUCCUCGGUAUUUUCGAAGCCGUCUCUCAGCCUACCUUCCUGCUAUUAUCAUCUAUGUGGUACAAGCGAGAGGAACAAGCCCAUAUUGUGACUUACUGGUUUGGAAUGAAUGGCGUCCAAGGAAUCUGCGGUGGUCUGUUCGCAUACGGCAUGAGCCAUGUCCAUUCGCCGAUUUUGAAGUCCUGGCAAUUCCUGUUCAUUCUCCUCGGCUCUAUAACCUGUGUGUGGUCAAUGUUUGUCUUCUGGUGGAUGCCGGACAGUCCCAUGCGCGCGCACUGUUUUUCAGAAACAGACCGCGUGCUCAUGAUCGAGCGGGUCAGAGCCAAUCAAACGGGUAUCCAGAAUAAGAGGUUCAAAAAGGCGCAUGUUUUGGAAGCUAUUCAAGACCCGCAGGUUUGGUUGUAUAUUUUGAUCCAGAUUAUCAUCCAAAUACCAACCGGCGGUCUCGGAUCUUUCUCGACGAUCCUGAUCAAGAAUUUCGGCUUUACGGAACUGCAAACUGAGCUUCUUUCUAUGGUAAAUGGAGGCGUUCAAUGUUUUGUCCUUUUGACCUCUGCGUGGCUCUCGCGGCGUUUUAACCAAACCAUUAUCUUUCAACUGGUAAUGCUAUCCGUCGCCGUCCCAAUCUCUCACUCGACACGUAUCGGUCUUCUAAUCGGAUACUGGUGUACCCUCUCCUUCUGGGGUACAACCACUCUUUUGAUGUCGCUUUUAUCCCGCAAUGUCGCCGGCCAGACGAAGAAGUCUGUAAGUACUGCCUCGCUGUUCUUUGCCUGGGCGGUAGGAAAUAUGAUCGGCCCGCAGGUGUUUCAGUCAAAGGAUGCACCGAGAUACUUCACUUGCUUCUCGGUUCAUAUGGGCUGCUAUGGAGUUAUCGUCAUUUUGCUGCUUAGUCUGAGGUGGUAUCUGAAGAGCGAAAAUGCAAGGAAGGAUGCUUUUCAGGAGCAGGAUUGGCGGGCAUCCGAAAUGAACUUGGAUAAUGCAUUUGAUGAUCUGACUGACAAAGAGAACCUCAGCUUUCGAUAUCAUUACUAA